CAUUCAACCUCGACGCAACCGUCGUGCUAUCGGCCACUAAAUGGCUUCGCCCUCGAGUGAUGCCAGUCCUACUACUCUCUUGGACUUGCUGAGAAACUCACUUCUGCUGCACCACACAGCACCCUAUCUGCCGACUUCCUCACUUUACGCGCUUGCAAGGACGUCCAAAGCAUUCCAUGCGCUGGUCUUCCAUUCGCCUGAUGUUUUCCGCUAUCUGGAUCUAUCAACCGUCAGGUCGGCCAUUAUACCUCACGCGUCGCCGUUGGAUUCCGGGGGUAUCAACUGGCGUUCGGAGCGCAUGGACGAGGCCUUGACUGAAGACGAAUUCUACUCCGGCCCCCUGAGAGGUAUCUUUUCUAAACUUGGCAGACGAAAUGUCCUGCAGCACGUGCAUACUCUGGUCCUUGACGGUUUAAGCGUGCCGGCUGAUCUCGUGCGAGAGAUCAUCGCGGAAGAUCGGUUCGCCGUCCGCAUACUCUCUGUCCGAGAGGCUGAGCAUUUGAACGAAAGGAAAUUGAUGCAGGUUCUGAAGUAUGCUGUGCGACCUUCUAGGCCGGAAGGGACACCAAGGUUGAAGGGGCUUUAUGUGUUCGGCGUGAAAGAUCCCUCUCCCAUUACGGAACCUAUCGGGAAGAAGCGAACCACUCCUCCACGGACUCCUGCUGGCGUAAUGGGCUCGGAAGGCGCCCAGAUUGGUGCAGAAUGGAACCAAAAGUCCUCUGAUGCUUUGAGUUCGUCACUGUCCCAAUCGGAACACAAAUGGUAUCAAUCCGCAGGACGGGUGCUCCACAAGCGUCCUUCUCCAGAGUGGGCGGAAACACUCAAAGCUUGCGAGGGUAUCAUAUAUUUCGAUGCUGUUCUCUGUCGCGGCCCACGACACGACAUCUCCACGGCAUACACAGGUCCUACGGAUGACUCGCCUGCUCCACAUCCACUUUCAUACUUGAGCCCGGCCGUGGCCAGCAUAGCACUUGGCUCCUCUGGUUGUCACAACUGCAACUCUUGCCCUGAGGGCGCGGCUAUCUUCGGCAAAUCCCCUUCACAUCAUCUUCCACUUCUUAGUCCCCCUCCGCUUCAUUCCUCGACCAUCCAGGCAGCCCAAAGGCCGUCAGCACGGAACCGCAACGAAAUGCCAGUACUAAUUUCGCGCUGCGAAGACUGUCUUAGGGGUCGCUGGUGCGAACGCUGCAACAAAUGGUGGGACGAAGACUGUUAUGAGGGGACCGGCACUUCCACGUUCACAGCAAUGCAGCAAGAAGAGGCAAUCAGCGAUAUGCUACAAUCCGGGCGGAAGACCAAAAAAGACAUCAAGGUUGUUGGGGUUAAACGGGAUUGCUUCGGAUGUGGACCUACAUGUGCUGAUUGCCGGAGUCUCUAUAUCCGGUCGUGUCGGACAUGCAGGAACGAAUAUUGUAUUGUGGAUAACGAUGGCUCAUCUUCUACUGCGGCGUACGAGAGAAUUAUACUGACCAAGUCCUUGGCUGAGCCCAAGACAGCUUCGCCUAGACAAGAGUAUGUCACGACAAUAAUGAAACAUGGCGUUCUUUGGGAGGAGUACAUGGAUAGCUUCAGACUUGUGACAUUUCAUCUCCCUUCGCUAGAAUUCUACAGUUUUUGGGGAUGCAGCUACGCAUCUAGCUUUGUAUCACCAUGUCUUCUCUUCGUUGACUACAAGGCCUCAUGGGACAAGUAGCCAAUAGCUAACAUGGGGACAUAGGUGCUUCCACAUUGAUAAAUGAAGC